UGCCUUCGACAAUGACUGCGACGAACGUUGAAGACGAUCCGUACGCAGAUGUUGUGAGGGGCGCCCUGAAAUUGAAGAACGAGAAAACAGCGAGCAAAAAGAAAAAGGACAAACAUGGAAAGAAAAAGAAGCUGGUGGAAGUAUCGAGGAUCCCCGAAGAGGAGAAGAUGGAAGUAAAGCCGACAAAGGCGGAAUUGACUUUUCAACAAAUGCGAGACAAAAUGCAAACCGAAAGAAUCAAGCAAAAAGCUUCCAAGACGCAUAAACAACGGGUAGAGGAGUUUAAUCGACACCUGGACAGCUUGACGGAACACUUUGACAUCCCUAAAGUCAGCUGGACGAAAUAAACUGCGACAAAUUUACUUAUAUAUGUAUAUAUUUCAAAUAUAAAUAGUCUUAUUGUUAGUUUAGUCUAAGAGUACGAACACUUUAUAUGUAGUCAUGGCAUUAUUUUCAUCCUUACUCUCAAGUGAUUUUUUAUAUUGUUUCUUUGUACAUUCUUCUGUUCUUUUUUUUAAUAAAGAAUAAAAAAGAUUAGUCUAAAUGUUUCAAGUUUUAAAAGACGAGAUAAUACCUGCAUCCAUAUAACUUUGAUGUAAUUACUUAAGGUUAGAUUAAUUCUCUAUUAUACUCUGUAAAUGUUGUAUCAUAAAUAUAAAAAUUAUUAAUCUAAAA